CCUCACAACUUAGCAGCCCCUUCCGUCGCAGUUGCAUGCACAUCCUUCUGUAAUGGACGCAUACAGUGACAUCUCGGAGAUCACCGGCUCAACAGCCCAGGACGAACUAGACUAUUUGAAGUCUACGUUUGGCCUGGACACGCACACAGCACUACUGCUCAAAAGGGCGAUGCACCUUCAAGAAAAGGGACAACUGAAGCAGGCUCAAAGAUACUAUGCUGCGGUGCUCGACAAGGCUUCCAAUUGCAAAUUCGCGGCUGACAACGCCAGAAUCGUCUCAGAGCUUUUGGCAGAUCAAGAACAAGAUACAUUGUAUGCAGAACCCAUCUUCGAGAAUGCUCCAACCCCUGUAGAGCGUGCAUCCAUUCAAGUGGUUGGAUCCCCCGAAACCGUCUUGGAGGAGUCUGAUGACGACACCCCCAGGUUGGCAAAUGUUUCGGAAGACUUGAGCUUGAUGAGUCUCCUUGACAGCAGUAGGGGAGGCAAUGGUACAUCAGUUCGCAACAUGCAAUCGUCUAACUUUGACGAUGCUUCCGAGAACGGCGAAGAUGUACAGCAGACUACUACGACAGCGUCCGCCCCCGAAAUCAACACUCACUCGCAGUUUGACGACGCGGUCGAGGACGACGCGGACGAUUACGAAUCUUUGUGUGAACUUGUCGCGCUGGCAUACAGUCUACACAUGUGAGCAUCCUCCGAUGAGCGCCCGGUACCGGUACUGGAACAAGUACCGAUAGUUGAACUAUGAUAGACCGUAUUCUAUUUGAUA